AUGUUUACUAAACUUUUCAGCUCAUUUCGACAAUUUAAUAUCUUUAGAAAUAAUGCCAAACAGUUGAUGUUAGUUGGAUUAUUAUCUACAAUUUGUUAUAGAUAGAGAUUAAGCUUAUAGGUUAAUCCAAACAUCAAACAAUAUGGUGAUAAGCUUAAUCGAGCAUUCAAAAGAACAUUACAACCUGAAGAUGAUUUUUAGUAUAAACUAAUAUUUCUAUUUUAGUAAAAAUACAAUUAUAUUAUCUGGUACAUCUAAUAAAGAGCUAGCUGAAGGUAUCAUUGUUAAUAAUUAAUAUAUAGAGAUUGCUGAAUAUUUGAAUAUUAAAUUAGGCAGCGUCAAAAUUGGAAGAUUUGCAGAUGGAGAAUGUCAAAUUUAAGUUUACAUAAUAUAUAUAAUAGGUUCUUGAUAAUAUUAGAGGAAAAGAUGUUUUUAUAAUACAAUCAACAUCACCUCCAGUAAAUGAUAAUUUGAUGGAAUUAUUAUUAUUAGUGUCUGCAUUAAGAAGAGCAUCAGCAAGAAAAAUUAUUGUAGUAGUUCCUUAUUAUGGAUAUGCAAGACAAGUUAUUAUUUAUAUGUAUUUGUGA